CUGUGUAAUCACUUCAGACGGUCUGUGAAAUGAGAAAGUAAAACUAAACCAGGAAUGAUCUCUGUAUGAUCUUGCAUUUUUUCACACUCUUGAGAGUUUUGAGUUUAAGGUAAGUCAUGGAAAAAUUGAGAAACACACAGGAACAACAUCCAUAUCCUUCAAAGAUGAAGUUCAUUUUUUUGACCCUCCUGAUUAUUAGUGGAAUUACUUACUCAAGAUCAGACCGGUAUGAAGUAGUGGGUCCUGCAGAUAAAGUAUUUGCUGUAGCUGGUGAAGAUGUGAUUCUGCCCUGUUCAGUCAAACCCAACAUCAGUGUUGUGGACAUGAAAGUGAGGUGGUCUAGACUUGAUCUGAAAGACUUUCUAGUGCAUCUCUAUGAGGAUCAUGAUGACAGAAACACAGAACAGAUUCAGUCCUACAGAGGGAGAACAAAACUGAAUCAUCAAGAACUACAGAGAGGAGAUGCAUCACUCGAACUCUCAUCAGUCCAAGUCUCUGAUGAAGGACGUUAUAAGUGUUUUAUUCAGUCCAAAUCCUGGACUGAUGACGCUACUGUUGAUGUCAGUGUUGAAGCUGUUGGACGUCCUCCAGUGAUCACUGUAGAUGGAUUUGAUCAUUCAGAAAGGCUUCAUCUACAGUGUGAAUCUGAAGGUUGGAACCCUGAACCUGAUCUUGAGUGGCUGGACAGUGAAGGAGUCCGUUUGAGUUCAGAAACAGCAGAGAUGCAAAGAAACACAGACGGGUUCAGUGUGAAACACACCAUCACUGUACAACACAGAGACGACAAGAUUCACUGCAGAGUCAAACUGAGACAUCACAUGCUGGAGACACUGAUUAUCACCUCAAGUAAGAGUUUUAAUCCUUGGAGGACAUCAAUCAUCUUGUCUUCAGUUGCUGUUGUGCUCAUUGUGAUUGCUGGAAUACUGUUAGCUGCGUUUGUUCGUAAAACCAGAGAACAUGACGAACUACAGAAUGAGAACCAGAGAAAAAAACAAGAACGUGAUCAGCUACAGAUAGAGACAAACAGAGAACAACAAGAACGUGAUAAACUACUGGAGAAGAAGGACAGAAUUCAACAAGAAUACAAUUCACUUUUACAGGAUGAGAACCAGAAAAUAAAACAAGAAUUUUCUUCAGAACGUGAUGAACUACUGGAGGAGAAGAACAAAAAACAACAAGAACGUGAUGAACUACAGAAGGAGAAGGACAGAAUUCAACAAGAACGUGAUGAACUACAGAAGGAGAAGGACAGAAUUCAACAAGAACUUAAUAAACAGGUGGAGGAGAACAGAAAACAACAAGAAAACAAUGCACUUUUAAAGAAUGAGAACCAGAAAAUAAAACAAGAACGUGAUGAACUACAGAAGGAGGAACAAAGAAUAAAAAAAUGA